AUGCUUGAUCCUCCACGUACUGAGGUAAUGAACUCGAUCAGGGAAUGUAAUCAUGCUGGUAUUCGUGUGAUAAUGAUCACUGGUGACAACAAGAAUACAGCAGAAGCCAUUGGAAGACGUAUCGGUCUUUUCACUGAGGACGAAGACACCACUGGUCUUUCAUUCACUGGAAGAGAAUUCGACGAUCUCCCACCUGAGCAGCAAUCAGACGCUUGCCGACGAGCAAAACUUUUCGCUCGAGUAGAACCUGCCCAUAAAUCGAAAAUUGUCGAUAUUCUGCAAAGUCACGGAGAGAUCACAGCUAUGACUGGAGAUGGUGUCAACGAUGCGCCUGCCCUGAAGAAAGCAGAAAUCGGAAUUGCUAUGGGAUCUGGAACUGCUGUCGCCAAGUCGGCAUCUGAAAUGGUUUUGGCUGAUGACAACUUCGCCUCAAUCGUAGCAGCUGUUGAAGAGGGUCGUGCUAUUUACAACAAUAUGAAACAGUUCAUUCGAUACCUUAUCUCAUCGAACGUUGGAGAAGUCGUGUCCAUCUUCCUUGUCGCUGCUCUCGGCAUCCCGGAAGCUCUCAUCCCUGUUCAACUUUUGUGGGUCAAUUUGGUCACUGAUGGUCUGCCAGCAACUGCACUUGGUUUCAAUCCACCCGAUCUGGAUAUUAUGGAGCGUCAUCCACGAUCUGCUAGUGAAGGACUCAUCUCCAGAUGGCUCUUCUUCCGUUAUUUGGCUGUUGGAACUUAUGUCGGAGUUGCUACCGUUGGAGCAGCGAUGUGGUGGUUCCUCAUUUACGAAGACGGACCUCAGAUUACUUACUAUCAACUUACUCACUGGAUGAGAUGCGAGAUUGAACCUGAGAACUUCGCUGAUCUUGACUGCGCCGUAUUCGAAGAUAACCAUCCUAAUGCCAUGGCGCUUUCCGUACUCGUGACAAUUGAAAUGCUCAACGCAGUCAACUCGUUAUCAGAAAAUCAAUCGUUGCUUGUAAUGCCGCCCUGGAGAAAUAUGUGGUUGUGUUCGGCUAUAGCUUUGUCGAUGUCGCUUCAUUUUAUCAUCCUCUACGUAGACAUCAUGGCCACUAUCUUCCAGAUCACUCCUUUGUCUAUUGCCGAAUGGAUGGCAGUGUUAAAGAUCUCAUUCCCAGUUUUACUUCUUGACGAAAUUCUGAAAUUCAUCGCCCGCAACUACGUCGACGGUAAGCCAGCUAGUCGCGCAGCCAGCAUACGGUCGAUCAUCUUAUUGAUCGGCCUUAGUGCUAUGUGGUGUGCGUACUUCGGUUGGAUGUUAGGUCCUUAUGCAAAGAGUAUUGAACGUGCGUUUGGUGGCCCUCUACGUGUGCAUACCGAACUGUAA